AUGGCUGGCCCAGAAGACACCACGUUGGACCCUUCCCGUAUACUGGGAGUGGUGCUGGCAUCGCUGCGGGGCGACGGACAAACAGGACCAUCAAUCAAGAAUGCCUACGAAGCAAUAGCACUUGUUGGCCACGCAUCUAUGGUCGCCACACAGUUUCGUCUCAUUGGAUUAGGUGAAGAACAUAAUAUUGUAGAGGAUAAUACAGACGCCACAAUUCUGCCAAAGGAUUGGAAUGCUCACAACAAUACUUACUCUUUCCGAUAUGUUCGGCAACAGUCAUCGACUGAAUAUUUACUCAAAGUCAGUCGACUCGGCAACAAUGCAGUCAUUAUGGGACUGGCUGGGGAAGACAAGGCAACAUCAUUUGAUGUACCGGUGACCGAGUUCAUUUCGUCAUCUGCAUUUCCUUUCCAGAUACAAUCAGAUCAGCCAGACAAUUUGAGGUCAAUAUUUGUGUCACCUAAUCGUUUCGACGAUUUGAUCAGUCUUUUCAAGAUUCACGUCAUCCAGAAAUUCGUCAUACCAAGCUCAACAAAACAGGCCGCCGAUGAAGCUCGUGAUCAGCAACGACAACAGCAGCCGGAAGGGCCUCCACAGCAUGACCCGUUACGAGAGGACAUAGCUCCUCCGCCUGCUCGCCCAUACCCAUUCGAUGAUCCAUUAGCUGCAGCACCACGGCGACCAGCGCCUACUGGCGAUUUUGCCCCCCCUGGCUUUGAAGACGAGUAUGAGCUGAGCCGACAGUCGCAGGGCCGCGCGCUGCCCUACGGCGAUGGAAACUAUCCACGCAGCGGUGAUAGAGAUCUCUAUCCUCAAGGCCUAGGCCCUCGCGACCCUUUAAGAGGCACAUUUGGACCUGGUUCGGGAGGUGGUGGGAUGCAUCCGACGCCCGAUGAUCCGAUGUUUGGAGGGUUUGGAGGACAACACGGCGGUUACGAUCCUCGAGCGCCGCCAGGAGCGAGGUAUGACCCUGUAGGUCCGUGGGAUGCACCGCCACAUGGUCGAGGAUCUGGCCCUGGAGGACGUGGGUUUGGAUCUGGAGGGUUCGGUGGAGGAUUCGGCGGUGGUGACAUCAUUUAA